CAUACUGUAGUACAAAAACAUGUAUACUAAAUAUGCAAUAUGACACAAGGCCAAUAUAUUCUCAAAAAAAGUAUUAAAAAAUAUAAGAGUAUCAGUAUGAUAGGAUAAUUGUUUGUGUUUACUGUAAACAAUUUUUUUUUUCACCUAUUUAUAUAUUAUUUAUUUAAUUAAAGUGUACAUUGAUUACUUUAACUCAAAAGUAAUACAAAUAAAUAUUCUGUAUUCAUAUAUUCAUAUACAUAUAUAUGCAUACAUGUGUAAUGCAAUGAGAAUCAAUGAGAAUGGCAAAAGUACGAAUCAUAAGAACUAGAAUUACGAAGAACUAAAAAAAAAAUAUUUUCUUUAAAUUUAUCAGAUAGAAUUAAUUUUUUACCAAGUCUUUAAUGUAAACAUAAGUAUGAGUUUAUUAUUAACUCAUUAAAUAAUUAUUUUUAUUGCAAAUUACUGGAACUUAAUUGCAAAACUACAGCAUUGGUGGAUUUUCUGGACUAAGACCUGGAAAAAUUUUAUUUAACGUGGAUUGUUAUGUUGCUGAUGAUAAAUAGAUGAGAACAGUGACAAUUAAUCAGCAGAACUGGCCACCGCGGUACCUAGAUGUGACGUAAAAAAAUAAUUUAAGGUGGUAAGCUAAGUGUCACCAUCGUAAAUCCGUGGGAAUGGGAGCUUGCUUGUGCAAAGACUGUCCGGAUGAUCAAGACAAUGGGAGCAAUGAAAAUAACGAUGAGACCACGGUGCCGAGCAAUGACAGUCAUGCUGGUGGUGACUCAUCGCCUGGUUUUAAGUUUCCGACCUCUGCUAAUAUAGACAAACUGGUCCUAGAGACUCUGGGUGUCAUUGGUAGUCUUGUUGAUAAUGAACAAGAGCCGCCUCCUUCUAUGCUUAAGCUGCAUGCGAUCGCUGAUAAAGAGGAAGGAUGGCUUCAAGUUGCCAGUUCGAUGGUAAAUGUCAUCCCGAUGCACAGUCCGUUAGGUCCAUCUGUCAUAACUUUACUUCUUGAUGAUUGUCCAUUGCCGUCUAAGGAAACUGUAUUGAAGUUGUCUCACAUGUUUCAAGUGUCACAAAAGACUGGAAAAGUACAAACGAGUAUAACGCAGCAGAGAAAUAUUUGUGUCGUACUCGGUUGUAUUGCCGAAAAAUUAGCAGGACCUAGUAGUAUAGCCUUAUUAUCAAAAGCAACUUUAGACUACCUCGUAUUAAAUCUUAGAGAAGAUGUUGAACCAUAUGUGGUACUAUACUCAUUAAUAGCACUGGAAAAAUUCGCUCAGACCAGUGAAAAUAAAGUAACUAUUCAAAGGAGACUUAUGGAGGAAAAAGAACACCCCUUAUUAGCUUUAGAAAAAUGGGCUAAUGAAACUCAUUAUGUACGACGUCAAGUUGGUUUUUCUGCUCAGUGGUGUUUGGAUAAUUUAUUUUUGAUAGAAGGUAGAAAAUAUUCUCAUGAUACUGUUGACUUGACUGGUAUUAAUGUGAUGUUAAAUACAAAGGAUGUAAGUGAGUACCUGAAGAUAUCACCAAAUGGUUUAGAAGCGCGCUGUGAUGUCUAUUCAUUUGAAAGUGUCCGUUGUACAUUUCAAGUUGAUUCUGGAGUUUGGUAUUACGAAACUCUUAUUAUGACCACUGGUGUUAUGCAAAUAGGAUGGGCUACUAAAAAUAGUAGUUUUUUAAAUCACGAAGGAUACGGUAUCGGUGACGAUGCCUACUCAUUGUCAUGUGACGGUUGCCGCCGACUAAUUUGGCACAACGCGCGCAGUGAAAAAUACCACGACCGCGCGCCUUGGAAAGCUGGAGACGUCCUCGGUUGUCUUCUCGAUUUAAAUAAACUAGAAAUAAUAUUUUAUACCAAUGGUGUUCCUUUGAAACCAUGCGUCCAAGUAUUCAAAACCGCAAGAACAGGAUUUUUUGCCGCCGCCAGUUUCAUGUCUUUCCAACAGUGUCUAUUUAACUUCGGCAAUGUGCCUUUCAAGUAUCCACCGACCGACAGGGAGUUUAAAAAAUUCAAUGAUUACGCGACAUUGAGACCUGAAGAUAAAGUCGUACUCCCACGGCAUAUUUUUCUUAAUCAGUUGAGAAAAUUGAGCGUUCGUGAAGACUCGUGUACCUUGUGUUAUGAUCAAAAAGCAUCAGUCAGGUUACUGCCUUGUGAACACCGAGGAUUUUGUCAAACAUGUCCAAUGCAACUUGUCGAGUGUCCAAUGUGCAGAGCAACAAUUGAAGAAGUUGCCGUCGAACUGGACAGUGUGUGACAUCAAUAAAACAUAUUCUCGCAUUAAAAAUAAUUAUAAAUACUGUACAAUCAUUAAUUCCAUAAUUAAUCAUUACUUUUAAUUGAUUUUUUUCUCUACUUAUAAUUAAACUUACAAGAGAUUAUUUUAAUAAGCUGAUCAACGAAAUAAAUUAAUAAUACUUUUUUGGGCGAGCCGUCAGUGCAUUCCUGUUUUAACUUAAUAAAAUACACAUCAGUAUUUUUAAAAAACAAUUACGUCGAUUUAAAAAAAAAUAAAUAAAUUAUUUUGUUGACUGCCGCGAUUACUCAGCUCUGAUACAAUACUUCUCUGCAUUUAAUAUUAUGAAUUAUAUAUAUACAUAUACAUAUAUAUAAAUUUAAAUAAUUAAUAAAAGAGAUAUAUAUUUUAAAUAACUAUUAAUUCCGUCUGAUUUAAAUUGUUGGU